AAGCCCAAGGAGCAGCGCUCGCUGCGGCUCAGCAUCAACGCCCGCGAGCGGCGGCGGAUGCACGACCUCAACGACGCGCCGGACGGCCUGCGCUCCGUCAUCCCGUACGCGCACAGCCCGUCGGUGCGCAAGCUCUCCAAGAUCGCCACGCUGCUGCUGGCCAAGAACUACAUCCUCAUGCAGGCGCAAGCCCUCGAGGAGAUGCGGCGCCUGGUGGCCUACCUCAACCAGGGCCAGACGCUCGGCACCUCCAUCCCGCCCGGCCUGGCCCCCUUCGGACAGUCGGCCGCCGUCUACCCCUUCACGGGCGCCGCCUUGCCCAGCUGCCCCGAGAAAUGUACUGCCUUCGCCGGGGCCGCCUCUGGCCUUUGCAAACACUGCAGCGAAAAGCCGUGA